UUUCCAUUUUUCUUUUAUCUGCUUUGUUUCGUUUUCUAGAAAAAGCCUCUUUCUCUCAUUUUGUUUUUUUUGUUUACCCCAAAUUUUCCUGCUCUUUGAAGUUUCGAGACGAUUAUUGGUGUGAAUCGUUCGUGAAUUUGCCGCUUGUUUGUCAUCGUUUCUGCCUCUUCUUUUUAGGUGUAGUAUCUAUGUCUCGUAAAAAUAUUGUUGAAAUGUCCACAAAGAUUCCUCCUGGUAUGACUGACUGGUUAGAUUCUAUAGUAUUGGGUUGUGUUACUGUAGCAGAUCGGGAGUACUGUGAAAAUUUUAAGAGAUAUCAUAGGAUUUUUGGGAAUAGGGAGGAUGAGGGUGACUAUGAGUUAGUGGCACCUGACUCCGAGAAGAGGGUCAGUUUUCCUCCUCUAAAUCAGGCAGAGCGUCCAUUCUUUUAUGCGUACGAUUGCUUUUUUACCAAGUUAGGUAUUACCAUUCCUUUUACUGAGUUUGAGACUGAAAUUCUUUGGAAUUGUAAUCUUGCUCCUACUCAGCUUCAUCCCAACUCUUGGGCUUUCAUGAAAAUUUUUCAGUUGUUGUGUCAGGAGUUGGGCGUCCGACCUUCCCUCUGCCUUUUUCUUUACUUGUUUGUGCUGACCAAGGUGGGGACGGCCAAGAAGAAGGCUUCUUGGAUUUCCUUCCGGGCUACCCAGGGUAGAAAAGUUUUCUCCAUUUUUAAUGACUCUUUCCAUGAUUUUAAAAAUUUUUAUUUCAAGGUUCGAGCUGUGGAUGAAGUUCACCCCUUUUUUUUGGAUAAGAAUAAGGAACCCACUUUUCCCCUUUGGUGGCAAGAGAACCCUGUAGUGCUUAAGUAUUCGUUAGAGAGUCUUGACAAGGUAGAGAGGGCCUUUGUGGGUGUUUUGGAGGAGCAUUGGGGGGAGCCUCCUCAUUUGGAUACGAAGAAGUUUUUAGGGGAUCCUACUCUUCUGCGUUCCGAACUAGAGAUGGCUUCGGGAUCUGAUUCAAUGAAGGUCCUUCGUAAGACCAAGAAAACUGUGGCUGCUCAAAAUCUACAAAGAAAGACAUCCGGGGAGGGUUCUUCUCAGGUCCCGCCGAAGAAACUGGGCUCGGGUCCUCAAGGACCGAGGAAGAAUAUACCGACUCCUCAAGUUCGUGUGGCUCCUACCGAUCCGCCUCUCGCAAGCUCUGGUGCUGCUUCUUCCCCUUCUUCGGCCGGGCCUUCUCCUAAGAGACAAAGAACUUCUGGUGCUUAUGACCUCAAUGACAAGAAUUUUGACGGCGUGGCCUUUGCUGAGGAGCAUAUCGCUCCGUAUGGUUAUGUCCCGACUGACGAUGUGUCCAUCCGCAAGCACCUUGAUUUUAUAUCCAGCACCAGUGUCCGGAUGGCUAACCUUAGUGCCGCGUUGUCAAGGAAGUUCAAGAAGUCCCCUGUUAACACUACCAGUGCCUCUCUUGAGAAUGCUAAAACUAAAUUGGAGAGGGCGGAGGGGCUGAGGCUUGAGUUGGAGGCGAAAAAUAUUGGGCUGGAGCUCUCUUUAGAGAAGGAGAAGGCCCGGGCUACUGAGGCGGAGGCAGUUGCCAACUUGGCCAGGGAGAAUUAUAUCCAAACUUAUGGUGAGCUUCUUCGGGUUAAGAAAAAGCUCCAGUCCUCCUAUUAUGAUUAUGCUGAGCUGCAGGAACACAUAGCGAAUGGUAUGACCGCAUUGUAUGAAAAUCUGAAAGCUCAGGUCAGGGUUCUGGCUCCUCACGCAGAUCUUUCUCUGUUUAGUAUGAAUAACAUUGUGGAGGAUGGUAAGAUUGUGCCGGCCCCUAAUGAAGAUGAGACCUCUGCUCCUAAUCCGAAGGCCAAGACUUCUGGAGCACCUUCUGCUGAAACUACCCGACCUGAGGCCGACCCUGAUGUGGAGAUUUUGAAUGGUCCAGAUGGUGUUGUUGGGACAGUCCCGAUUUCGGUUAUUCCUACAGUUCCUCAGGAUGCGGCGAUGGGAGCGAAGUUGGAUCCUCUAUGACCUCUUAUUUCCUUGCUCUUUUGAUUAUGACGGACUUGAAUUAUAUAGUAAGAAUACUAAGGAUAAUUUUGAUGAAGGACUAAUUUAGAUGAAUAGUUUGAAAAAAUUAAUAGUUAUAUUAUUGAUGAGUUAAGGAGAAAGUAUAAAAGAUGGUAACUUGAUGUGUUUUUGAUGUGUUUACAAUGAGUUUCA